CUUAUUACUCCACCUGAUCCGCCAUGCCCCAAAACGAGCAUAUUGAGGAGCACAUCAAGCGUCAUGGUCGACGUCUCGAUUAUGAGGAGCGAAAGCGUAAGAGAGAAGCUCGUCAAGCACACAAGUCAUCACAGUUUGCUCAAAAGGUGCAUGGUCUACGAGCGAAAUUACACAACAAGAAACGUCAUGCGGAGAAGAUCCAAAUGAAGAAGACUAUUAAACAACACGAGGAAAAGAAUGCCAAACAAAAGUCGGCCGAUGCUAUUCCCGAUGGUGCUGUUCCCGCUUACUUGUUGGAUCGUGAAGGUCAAGAUCGUGCCAAGGUGCUGAGCAACAUGGUGAAGCAGAAGCGAAAGGAAAAGGCCGGAAAAUGGUCUGUACCCUUGCCUGCUGUGCGCGGUAUGGCUGAGGAUGAAAUGUUCAAGGUGGUCAAGAGUGGCAAGAGCAAGACCAAGUCAUGGAAGCGUAUGGUUACAAAGGCCACCUUUGUCGGUGAAGGAUUUACUCGCAAGCCUCCGAAAUACGAACGUUUCAUUCGACCUAUGGGUCUUCGUUACAAGAAAGCCCACGUGACACAUCCCGAACUCAAAGCCACUUUCCAUUUGCCUAUCAUUGGUGUAAAGAAGAACCCGCAAUCACCGCUAUAUACGCAGUUGGGUGUUAUCACCAAGGGUACCGUGUUGGAAGUCAAUGUGUCUGAAUUGGGUUUGGUGACCACCAACGGUAAGGUCGUUUGGGGUAAAUAUGCGCAAGUGACAAACAAUCCCGAGAACGACGGUUGUAUCAAUGCUGUGCUUCUUGUCUAAAUUCCAAACACUCUAUACACGCCUAUACACAUCUUCCAUGGAAUCAACUUUUUUUUUUCAUCUUUUUGUAUACUCUCUUGUUUCCACCCUUUCUUUUUUUUUGUUUUUUUAACUUCUGCAUCAUAACACGUUUUUCAACCAUUCCGAUUGCUACAUUUCACUUGUCUGUUUCUUCUUCAGUUCUUCUUUCCUUAUUAUGCUCGCUUGUUCUCGAUAGUUCCUCCCUUUUUCGCUUGUUCUUUUCCGGUGAUCUGUUCCCUUUUUUUUGGUGCAGAUCAUUAAUAAAUAAGUUAUUUAUGGUAUCUGUAUCAACCA